AUGGCGGAGAAGAUUAAGAAGCGGAAGGGUGAAACAAGGCCCUGGGCUGAUCUUCACGAAGACCUCCUACGAACAAUCAUUCAGAAACUUUGCUUAUAUGAUCGAGUUCAUUCGAUCCUUGUUUGCAAGGAGUGGCAAGCAAAAAUCUUAACAAUUCAGCCAUUAACGAGUAGUAGACUACCCUGGUGGAUGUUCCAGUACAAUUGGCGUAAGAGCUUCCAAAAUAACAGUCAAAAACUAACACUUGAUGGGAUGUUAUUCAACCCAGAUUCGAGAAAACUUUAUCCUGUUAAGAAGGACAAUUGGAAGUCAAAAGAUAUGAGCCUUGUCUUCCAAGCAAGGCCGUGUGCUUCAGAACAAGGCUGGCUGCUUUUCUUCAAGGGGCUUAGGAAGAAUGGAACCUCUUUUUUCUUUUAUAAUCCGUUCUCUAAUGAUUUCAUGUUGCUACCAUCAUUAAGUAGUUGUACUGGUUACGUUAGAGCUGCUUUUUCAAGAAUUCCUACUUCUCCCGAUUGUGUUGUCUUCAUCGCGUACCAUGUCAAUCAAGAGCUACACAUUGGAACAUACACUUUCGGUGAGAAAAACUGGCGAACCCAAGUUGUUGCUCAGGCAGGGGAUAUAGUAAAGAGUAUAGUCUACAGUUCUGAAAAAGGUGAAGUAUAUUGUGUUUUCUGGGGAGGGAAGUUAGCAAAAUUUGAUGUUGUCAGCCGAUGUUGGAGUUUGGUCAAAGAACGAAGUUUGUAUCAUUUAGCAUCAAACAAACAAAUCCUGAUUGAAUACAAAGGGCAGCUUUUAUUAUUCAGCAUUCAUGAUAUCCAGUUGGGUUACAUCUACAGGUUUGAUUGGUCUCUCAUGGACUGGAUUGCUCUGGAUAGCUUAGGCGGCGGAGCAAUUUUUAUCGACUUCUCUCAGUCGCUGUCGAUAGCAGUUGAAGAAGCAUCAGGCUGGGAAGACAAUAUAGUCUAUAAAACUUAUGGGAACAGUAGAUACUAUUAUUCUUCUUACUCGUUGAAGACUCGACAGUCCUGCGAUCUUAGUGAGUAUUACGGCUAUGAGCCAAAGCAAGGAACUUAUUGUGGCACAACAUGGAUUCAGCCUCAAAUGCAAGGAAAACUCAAGAACUGA